AUGAAUGCUAUUAAAACGUAUUUUAUAAAGUUAAACUUAUUUGAACCAGAUCCUGAUAGUGGUGAAAGAGAAGAUGAGCUAAAACGUCGUUCAAACAUCAUUGCUACUCGUAUAUAUCUUAUAGUUUUGAUAUUAACUCUUACUGCUAUUGUUAUUGGUUUACGAUCAACUUCUGAAACAAUAAUUAUAACAUUAGAAUAUCCAACAAAAUAUCAAUUAGCUAGUCUUACUUUGGAUAUCCAAUGUCCCUGUUCUCGAAGUUCUCUUUCAUACGAUAAGUUUAUUUCAAUUCAACCGAUCUUUCAUCAAAUAUGUUCAAGUGAUUUUGUUUCAGAUCGAUGGAUUAACAUUUUUUCUGACGAAUUAAAUAUGGGUAGUGCUUGGUAUCUAGAAACUCUGGGAGACUUUCGGAAGUUUGGGAGGAGCUAUUUUCAAGCUCUUUUGAGUUAUUGUCAUUUAUCUCAGUCUGGUAUUGAAGAAAGUAUUAGAUCAUUUUAUGAAAGUACAUUAAGUAGUUCAUAUGCUUUAUUUGAACCUGUUUUUCGAGCACAAAUUGAAGAAAUUAUUAAACAAUUUCAAGUUACAGCAGUUCAAGGUUUUACAAAUCAACUAGAUCUAGUACUUAAUAUUAUGUUUAGGAAUCAAUUCUUAUCUUUAUUACAAACAGAUUUCUUAUAUAUGUACUUGGGCAAUUCUGACUAUGGUUAUCAACUAGAAAACAGCCAAACUUCGCUUUAUACAGAUAGUUUGGGACAAGGGUGUUCUUGUCGAACAUACGCUGAUUGUAGAUUUCAGUCUUACGUGCAACUACCAUCAGAAUAUGAGUACGAUUAUUACUAUGGUGAAGAUAAAUUUCUGAUUCCUGGAGUUUUUGCCAGUUGUACGCCAAUGGCCGCAAUUCAAUUAUUACAACUUGAGUGUUUCUACAAUCAAUCGUGCGUAGACUAUCUAAUCUCAUAUUUUAAUACAACCGAGAAGUUUACAGCACUAAAUAUAACUUGGCAGAGUAAAUUUACUGAGAACUCGACAAUAGAUUCAAUAGUUCAUGAAGCAAUGAUAGAAGAAUGGAUAUCAAAUAUAUCAUAUGAUAAAUAUUAUACUGAAUGUGUACCUAUUUCAUGUACAUAUACACAAGUUAAACAGUAUGGUUAUAACUUGAUAAUAAAAAAACUUAUCGGUCUCUUAAGUGGAUUAACACUCAUAUUUGGCUUUAUUAUUCCACAUUGUACUUAUCUCAUUAUGCAACGAGGACAAAAUCUUGAGCCACCUGAACGAAUUUCUAGUAAGUUAGAUGUUGUUUAA